GUUUGGGGUUUUUCUAAUAGUAAGGGGAGGUCAGAUUCAUUGCCAUCACAAAAGUCAGAUCACUACAAGAAGACAGUGACCAAAAUGUGUGAGGAUCUUUCCACCUUGUAUGCAGCUGGCGAUCUGACGUUCAAAAGUAUGAAUUGACAAUUUAUAUAAACCGGACAUUUGUGAAAUAUUCAUGAGGAAAGAUUGUGUGACUUUAAAGACACUGAAUUUGUUUUUUCUUUUGAAAUGUAUUACUUUACUAGAAGGGACUUUUUUCGUAAACUGAAGAAUCACGGGAUUGCCGCAUGAAUUUCAAACUCCCUUUAACGACGUGUGACAAUUCCAAGGGCCCCUAUCAGUUUUGAAACGAUGCAAGAGGACUUUGACGAUGAUUUAUCACGUUGUAACUUGACAAUUACAAGCCAUCUAAAGCAAGGGUAAAAAGAACCCCCUCUCCUUGUAUCAAUGGGCCUGAUUUUAUGAAUUAGGUAAAAAAUGCGAAACCUAAUGGUGCACAGCUGUAUUUUAAAGGUUAAAGUGCAUAAGCUUGUUGAAUUUUUAUUUCAAACGUCGGUUAAGUGCUGUAUCCAUGGCCAUGCAAAAAGGAAUCGAGACGAUUUGUCAGAUGUUGAUUGACUUCUUGAAGACAAUAGUUUCCUACAUGUAUGGACGGUGUCAAACGAGGCAGGUACAAAAUAGUUCAUUUCUUUAAUUCUCAAUUAGAUAUCACCCAAUUUCGUUGUUGAUCAAUUAUAUUUGUUUGAAUUUCCUUGAAAGUACUAGCAAAAGUAACAUUUCUUUAUAGGCCGAGAAAGUAACAAGACAACAACUAUGAGGUCAACGAGAGGCAGAGGUUCUGCAAGCUGCCAACAAAAAAGAGUUCAAAACCAUCUGGGGUCCGACUGUUGCAUUGGCCAGCAUUUAUGAAAGUGCAGUGAUCCCCUUGAUUCUCCAACUGAUCUAAUUGGCAUUUUUACUCCGGUUGACAGCAACAAACCGAAGUGUAAUCCAACUGUAUUUUUUCAUAAAAACUGAUUAUAAAUAAUUUGUCACUCACUUUUCUUCUAUUUUCUGCUACCUCUCUCUUGCCCCGUUGAAUGUGCACGGGCUAUGGUCUUCUUGCUUUGUGUAAGGUAGACAUGUGUAGAAAGUGCCUUUAGGAGAGAGGAGUAGGGACAUUGUCUGGAUUUGUUGAUGGGAUUAUUAGAUGACAGUGUCUUCUGACCAAAAGCUAUCCCAUAGGCUCAACAGACCCGUGGGUACUUGGAGCAUGAUCUGUGGCGGGGUAUCAGCGGUGGGACUUGGAGCAUGGCCAAAGUGGAUCUUUGUGGAUUUUGAUGUAAUUUUGUAAUGACUCGAUCACCAAACUUUCUUGUAAGAAUUUCAUUAUUCUCUACGCCAAUUCAUACAUGGCGCCUUUUAUAUCCGCCGGCCUAGUUUUGAACAAUCCUCCGUCCCGGUUUGUGAAACCUUGCAUCUAUGCCCGUUUCAAGAUGCACUAACGUCUGAUAACCCUAGAUAUCAUUGUUCAUUGCAAGUUUCUUAAACAGCGCUUUCCGUUGCAAACGCCUGAUAAAAUGUAUAAUCAUUCUCACAAGCAAAGAACUGCAGAUGUUUUUGGUGUCAAAUCUUGUAAUUGCUUCAAAGAAAUCCACCGAGGUCAUGAAAAUAGAUUAGUGAGAUGUCCAUGCUAACGUAACGUGAAAUUACAAAUGAGAUAGAAAUAGGCCCUUGCUAGAGAGAAGUUUGCAGGUGUUGAGAAUAAAUGCGCCAUAGCAGGAAUUUGAGAAGGAUGAGAUAGCCUUCGUUUAAUCGAAAGGCAAGUCACAAUCAAUACAAGUAAGUUUAGAUUUUUUAACUUCGCGCCUUAUCAGCUUUCUUUUGCUAUGUACGAUGUUUUCCAGCACAUCUUUGCUACACAAGGAAUAUGUUUCACAUGCUAUCGCUAACUCACAAGCACUAAGGUACCUGCAUUUGUUGUUCCUUGCUAAUUUACUUGCUUAUCAUUUAAAUGAAGCUAGGCAGAUAUUUUGCGUUUCCUUCAACAGCUAUGCUACUCUUUGUUUGAUAAUACAUUCAGGUUACCAUUUAAUUUCUUUUGUGAAUACCAGCUGCAAGAUAACUCUUUCAACAGGCUUCAUCUAUUUCUUUCUAUUGAAUUGAUGUGUUCUAUGUCGUUAUAUUCCAGUAACGCUAAAUAGCUGGAAAAGGCCACUUUACAUUUUAACAGAUAAUUCAUCGGCUGUUAAAAAUCGAUAUCAGGCCCAUGCCAACUUGAUAUACUGAACAGAAAUUGUUCGAAAUGUGUGUGAAAUUAUAAAGAUAACAGACAAGAUAUCUAAUUGUGGAAGCUGACAUACCAGCAGGAUGAAUUUGUGCUGAAAUUCGAGAACGAUAAAUUGAAGAACGACUUCAGCAGAUCAACUCCAAACACUGAAAAGUUGUUUAUUGUAGGAGAUGAGCUAGUUAUUUUGUCAUCGAUAUAGCAAUUGACUCGACUGAAAGCUAACCUUAUACAGAGAGCUCCAAUGAAAAAACAACAAAUUUAGAUGCAACUAUCAUGUUUCCAGUAAUAACUCAAAGAAAGGAGGAAACUUUCAAAUGAAUAAAUUUAGUAUGUAUACAGUGCUUUUUCCAACUUGGACAGAUUCUCCGUAUGAAGAAAUGGAAUUAUACGUCACAGCCAUCCGACUGCAUACUUUGUGCUUUAUCAGUAGCUUACUUACUCAAAAGAAAACUUUUUAAGUUUAGCUAUGAAUUUUUGUAGUAUUUUUCAUAAUAGUGCGAAGCUUACUUAAUCACGUUGGCGUAAGAUACGCAUCGACUACCUUCUUGCAACUGAUAAAUUGAAUACAAAAUGCUAAAUCUUAACUAGAUUUCGUCAUCUACCGUUUUUCACCUUUAAAACCUUUGAAUAGAAAUUGCAUUCAGGGAAAUAUGCACAUCAAAUUUCUAUUGAAAGAAUUAAACAAAGAAAGGGACUAUUUUGAGUAUUGUUUCGACAAUAAACUCCAUGUAUAAAUGUUGCUUUCCUAAUAUCUCUUGCACUACGUAAGUAUAAAUAUACCAAUAUAUAGCAAGGACAGACAGAGCCAUAAGACUGAUAUUUUGCAGUUCUGACGUCACAGCUUCUCAUAGAAAAUUGUUUGGUGCAAAUGUUUCAGAUGAUCUUUGCGAUGGUUUUGGUUAUGGAACCUCCAUUUGACAAUAACUACGACUACCUUUUUACCGUAUGUGUUCUUGGAGAUGAGUUGGUGGGCAAAUCAUCGUUGAUUCGAAGAUAUGUCGAAGGAACAUUUUCGAGCGCUCCAACGCACCCAACAGUGGGAAUCGACUUCAAAUUGAAGUAUCUGAGAUUGAAUGAUCAGAAAAUCUUACUGCAGUUAUGGGACAGUUCUGGAAAAAUUAAAUAUCGUAAUUUGAUCCAGCAUAUCUUUGCAAAAGUUAUGGGGAUCAUUCUGAUGCUUGAUGUUACCAACACGAAAUCGUUAGCACAACUUGGAAGUUGGAUUGAUGCGAUAAGAACUUUCGGAUACCCACAAACACAGAUCAUCGUUCUCGGAAACAAAUGCGAUGUAAACUCUAGCAGGGCAAUAACAAGAGAAGAAAUGAUACAGUAUACGGAACAAUUGAGCAUUGUAUACAUGGAAUGUAGCUGCAAGGAGAAUUUACGAAUUGAUCAAGUAUUUGAAGUUAUGAUUAAUCUGAUUAUGAACAAAAUGAAAGAAAUUGUAAAUUUCGAGAAUCUGUAGAUUUUGCAUUAUAAUAUGUUUAUUCUGAGUUGUAGUUUAAAAAGAUGUAUAUUAACAAUGAUAAUUAUAUUAUUUAAAAAGAGAGUCAAUUUGCAGAGUUUGCCUAGCAUUAUCCCCCUGAUUGCAGUACGUUUUUAGCUACAUAUAUUCGCUGGAAUAUUUCAAACAGGAUGGAGGGGGUUGUAAAAGACAAAGAGAAAACUGGCAAGAUAUGUUCGUGGCCUUUUUUCUACAGUUGUGAAUUGAGAGUCAGUUUCUCGGUAAAUCGGCAAUCUGGCUUUAAAGCGGCAAUCUGGUAGAGUUGCCUAUAGAAGAAGCGAUUUCUCUUGUUCCAAGAGGGAUUUGAAAUAAACAUGCUUCUAUCGUGACGUCCACCGAUCUAAACCACAUUAACUAAAUUGGGGAAAAAUAAGCAUUCCAAACUAAGGAAGCCAACCUGAAAGUGGAAAAGAAGUUUAACUGAAUAUUGGGUGGGUUAAGGGCAGUCAACUCUUCCUACCCAUCUUCGAGAGCAACAAGCAAUUGAGAAUGAUAAGUGUAACGCGAAACACUGUAUAAAUUGUUAAUCAUAAUAUCAUAUAGUAAUUUUGUUUGAAAAUGAGUUUUGAUAAAAUCAUAUAGAGAAAGCUGCAGUAUCAGUUCUAAAAUUCCUAUAUCCUUAUCAAUUCACGGGUAAAAGAGGUUCAUGUCAUGAUUGAAUGCGAGGCUCAUUUAAAUCAUCAUGUCAUACGGA